AUGACAAAAGCUGGAGUCAGUCAGGACUGGAGUCAGAGGACUAGCAAGACUGUCAUGGGCCAGAAGUAUGUGACCUUUGAGAAGAGGCUGAGGAACCUGGGCUUAUUUAGUCUGGCACAGCAGCAGCUAAGUGGUGAUCUAACAGCUGCCCACAGCAGCUUGAAUGGGAAUUGCACAGAUGGCAGAACCAAAUUCCUCCUGCUACUGGCAGAUGGUACAAUAAGAGGCAACAGUCCCAAGAUGCAGCUUGGAAGAUUCCGUUUGGACUUCAGGAAAAAGUUACUCACCAGAAGGGCAGUCACUGAUGCUGUAGAAGAGGUUGGUUGUCAGUAUUUGGGGGCAGAAAUUGGAGGUGCAGAGGAACAUUUAAAAGAGAAGCUGGAGGAAUACAUGGUCCGUUUUGCCAAAGUGAGGAUUGUACGUACCAAGAAACGAGAAGGGCUCAUUCGGACCAGACUGCUAGGAGCCUCGCUGGCUAGAGGAGAAGUCUUGACAUUUCUGGAUUCCCAUUGUGAAGUCAACGUGAAUUGGCUGCCUCCCUUGCUUAACCAGAUUGCACUAAACCACAAAACCAUCGUGUGUCCUAUGAUCGAUGUCAUUGACCACAAUCACUUUGGCUACGAGGCACAGGCGGGGGAUGCCAUGCGAGGAGCUUUUGACUGGGAAAUGUACUACAAAAGAAUACCGAUUCCUCCAGAGCUCCAGAGAGCUGAUCCCAGCGACCCCUUUGAGUCUCCCGUAAUGGCUGGAGGUCUAUUUGCCGUUAACCGGAAAUGGUUUUGGGAGCUGGGAGGCUAUGAUCCAGGAUUAGAAAUAUGGGGAGGAGAGCAGUAUGAAAUCUCCUUUAAGGUGUGGAUGUGCGGAGGUGGCAUGUUUGAUGUUCCAUGUUCUCGAGUUGGGCAUAUCUACAGGAAGUACGUCCCGUAUAAAGUUCCUUCUGGAACCAGCCUAGCACGGAACCUGAAGCGCGUGGCAGAGACAUGGAUGGAUGAGUUUGCAGAGUACAUUUACCAGCGACGGCCUGAGUACAGACAUCUCUCAACUGGUGAUAUCUCUGCCCAGAAGGAACUUCGCAAGCACCUUAAAUGUAAAGAUUUCAAGUGGUUCAUGGCUGCAGUGGCUUGGGAUGUCCCCAAAUAUUACCCUCCUGUGGAGCCUCCACCUGCUGCCUGGGGGGAGGUGAGGAAUACACAAAUUAGAUCAAAUUUAAAUGAGUCUAAAAUUUUACAUUACAGGAAAUUCAAAUUAUUAAAUUAG